AUGCGGGGAUCCGUUUUGUUGCAACUCCGGCAGCUCGUGCUGAUCGUGGCGUUGCUUGCCGGAAGCCGUAUUUCCGCCGGCGAAGCCACAGGAACCGCGAUAAGUUGCAUCAACAAGGGCAACCGAUGCACCGUCACCAACGCCACCGUGCGCGUUAGCGAUCCGAAAAACUUGCCCUACUACCAGCUGGUGCUAACUGGUGGCGACGGCGAAACAUCCGAUUUCGGAUCGGUUCUGUUCACCGAUAGCGUGCUCGAGUACGUGCCAGGCCGUGCGUUCGCUCUGCUCGGGAAUGCGACCAUCAUCCGGCUAUUCCAGACGCACACGCGGCUGCUGGAUGAAGACGCCUUCCAAGGUCUAGGGCGAGUGUCGGCCAUCAUGAUUGCGGAGAACCCGCUGGAGGCGUUACCGAAAGGCAUCUUCCGCGGGCUCGGAACGCUCAAGACGUUGAAAUUGAUCGAUAUAGGGUUGGACGUGCUGUCGCCGGAAUGGUUCCGUGAUUUGGUGAACCUGAACUACUUGACGGUGUCGAAAAAUCGUAUCCGCACCUUCGCAGCCGGCGUGUUUCAGCAGAGUACGAAAAUCUGGAACUUGGACCUGUCGCACAACGCCAUCGAGAGCCUGCCGGAAACGGUGUUCGACCCGUUGGUUGACGUGGAAUCGAUAAAGCUGGACAGUAAUCAGCUGGAAGAAGUGCACGAGAACCUGUUCGCCAACAAUGGUGACCUUAAGGUGUUAACGCUCAGCAACAACUCGUUAUCGCUGAUUCCUCCCCUACUGCUGCGAAAUCUCAGCCGACUCGAGGAGCUACAGCUGCGCUGGAAUCGCAUCGAGGAGUUCCAGCUGCUGCUGUUUCCGUCCGUCGAGCCGUUCUCCCUUGACCUACGGAAUAAUUUGUUGAUGGCGUUCAAUCGCAGCACCCUGACCGCGCUGGAAAACCUUGACACUAUCCUGCUAAACGACAACCGUCUCACGCACAUCGCGCCCGAUACGUUCCACGAUGCGGUCAACACGACGCUGAUCGAGCUGGACGAUAACUACCUCGAGGAGCUGCCGGGGGAACUGCUGGCUGGACUCACGUAUCUGCGAGUGUUUUCGGCAAGUAGCAACAAAAUCAAGACCGUCCCGGAGGAGCUAUUCCUGGAGAAUAUGGAGGUGAAAGAGAUCCGUCUGCUGAACAACCUUAUCGAAACGCUGCCAGAUAGGUUCCUGGCCGAGCUACCGCUAUUGGAGGAACUGGACCUGGGUCAGAACCUGCUGGGCCGUCUGUCUGAAGAUGCGCUCGUCGAUAGCCCAAAACUGCGCGUCAUUCACCUACAGCAUAACCGACUCGCGGCGCUUUCUGACCAAUUCUUCAAGCGCCAAAACAAUAGCGUCCAGACGCUCGAACUCCAGGGCAACCGUUUCUCGAGGAUUGAAUUCCUAGCCGGUCUGAAGCGACUGACGCAAGUGAACCUCGCCGGCAAUAUGCUGGAGGUAGUACCGAGCGGCCUCUUCGAAGCAUCUCCUUUCCUGACGCAUCUGCAUAUCGGAUCGAAUCACCUCCAGAUGCUACUCUUCGACACCUUCGACGGUCUCGGCAAGCUGAAGAUGCUGAACGUGUCGAACAACGCUAUCUCCUUCGUCGCUCCGGGUUCGUUUGCGACCGUGCCGAGCCUGAACGAGCUGUACUUGCACGACAAUCAGAUCGAGAACCUUCCGGAUGGAAUAUUCGCACCUCUCAGUACCCUGAAGAGGUUGACGCUGAACAACAACUUCCUUAACCAGCUAGACCCCACGAUGCUGCAGAGCAUGCCCAAGCUCCUAGCGCUAGAUGUGUCUAACAAUCCGCUCACCGAUUUGCCCAACACCUUCCUGCUGCAGAGUGUCAACCUGGAGACCGUUUCGAUGAACGGCAUUCGCUUGCCUACACUGCCGAAACAUUUCCUUCUCAAGCCCCGGGCAGUAAAGUUCCUAAGCCUGGAGGAGUGCAGCAUUGCGGAGAUCGACCCAGGAACGUUCUGGUUGUUCGGCUCCCUAAAUCCGACGGUAUUGUUUCUGCGGGGAAAUAUAAUCACUGCGCUCCCGGAAGGAUUGUUCCGCACCUCACGGAAGUUGGUGGUACUGGAUCUAUCGUAUAACCAGCUGACACGGGUCGGCUCGGAGGCCUUCACCAACGAUAACUCACUGCAGGAGCUUUACCUCGAAGGAAAUCAAAUCCACCAGCUGAAGGAUGGCGAUUUUGCCAAAUUCACCAGCCUUAAAGUACUAAACUUGCAAAGCAAUGGCAUCGAGGAGCUGUCGAGUGGUUUGUUUGAGGGCCUCGAAAGUCUUAAGGUGCUUACCUUGGGUGAGAACAAACUGACCCAACUCCCGGCGUCCAUUUUUGACAAAUUGCAAAACUUGGAGACAAUCGGGCUGAACUCGCUGCAGUUGACCAACCUGGAUAAGGCCGUCUUUAACAACCAACCCAAUCUACAGUCGUUGUAUCUGCAGAACAAUCAGCUGCACGACCUGGACACGGAGCUGUUCCGCAAAAAUCCUUCGUUGAUUAAUUUGAACAUUGCCAACAACGGACUAACCCGCUUCGUGUUGACCGAGUUCAGUCAGCUGAACGAAUCGCUUCGACAACUGGAUGUCGCUGAUAACAAGCUUGAAUCGUUCGCCUUCACCACGACUCUGCAGGAUCUGCGAGCGUCGCGCAAUUCGAUUGCAAACAUCGUUGCCCCGUCGGCUGGACAAGAGUUUUCGCUCGUUAACAUUGAUCUAUCGUCCAACCAGCUGCCCUCCAUCCAGUCCCUGCUGCCGUUCGUCCAUCUCGAGUCGUUGGAUAUCUCCGAUAACCCCCUAGAUCCCCAGCUGGAGUUUAUUUUGAUCGGUCAUUUUUACAACCUCACGCGUCUGAAUGUCUCGUCGUUGCAGCUGACCGCAACGGAUCUGAACACCGAUGGACUGCUGUUGCCAACCAUCGUUAGCCUCGAUUUGUCCAGCAACGGUCUGCAUUUUGUGCCAACGGAGUUUUUGCGUAGCUUCCCCAACCUGGAGGAGCUGCUGCUGUCGAACAAUCCUUUCGGCCAUCUUGAAUAUUCGACAUUCUUCGCUGCGCUGCCGUCGUUGAGAGUACUUGGAUUGGACCCGGAACCUGAGAACGAUGCUGAGGUCAAUCUUGUUGAGAUAACCAAAUAG